AUGCGUCUCGGCGCCGACGCCAUCAGUGCUGCAUGCGCCGCCGGCUUAAUAUCCCCUCUAAUAGCCUUCAUUGACAAAUCCAUCAUGGAAAAUGCCUCCGGCUCGAGCCCGUCCAUCCUCGCCUCCCUCCGCCGCUCCUUCACCUCCCUCCUGCGCCACCCCCUCCGCACCCUCGCCUCCAAGCCCGUCGGCCUCGUCUUCCUGCUCUACGGCGGCACCUACCUGACCGCCAACACGCUCGACACCGCCUCCUCGACGCUCUCCGCCUCGCCUGCCCGCACCACCACCUCCGGCCCCUCCAAAUUCGCCGCCUCGUCGCUCGCCAACGUCUCGCUCUGCGUGUACAAGGACCAGGCCUUUGUCAAGCUGUUCCGCGCGCCCGGCGCCUCCGCCCCGCGACCCGUCCCGCUCCCCUGCUUUGCCAUCUUUGCGCUGCGCGACUGCCUGACCAUCUUUGCGUCGUUCAACAUCCCCGCGCGCCUGGCGCCGCACCUCGACGCCUACACGGCGCAGAGCAUGCGCGUCUCCGGGCUCACGGCCGCGCAGUUCCUCGCCCCCGCCGCCGUGCAGCUCUUCUCGACGCCGCUGCACCUGCUCGGCCUGGACCUGUACAACCGCCCGUCGACGGCGGCUGCGAGGAUGACGUGGGGAGAUCGCUGGCGCGCGAUUCGUGGCGGAUGGCUCCCCUCGUGCGCGGCGCGCAUCGGACGCAUCGUCCCAGCGUUUGGCGUCGGCGGCGUCGUCAACUACAAAGUCCGGCAGGGCUUCAUGGCAAAGUUGGAAUGA